CCUACGCUUUCCCCCGAAAUCGGCGCGUGCGCCCUCUCUCCUUCCUCUUUCCGCCAUAUUGCAGAGCUGGCAACAUGGUGCGCAUGAAUGUCCUCGCCGAUGCGCUUAAAAGCAUCAACAAUGCAGAGAAACGAGGCAAGCGCCAAGUCCUGCUCCGGCCCUGCUCUAAAGUCAUUGUACGCUUUCUCACCGUGAUGAUGAAGCAUGGUUAUAUUGGCGAGUUCGAGAUAAUCGAUGAUCAUAGAGCUGGCAAAAUUGUUGUUAAUCUUACCGGCAGAUUGAACAAGUGUGGUGUCAUUAGCCCUCGAUUUGAUGUUCAGCUUAAGGAUCUUGAGAAGUGGCAGAACAACUUGCUGCCCUCUCGUCAGUUUGGAUACAUUGUUCUAACCACGUCUGCUGGCAUCAUGGACCAUGAAGAAGCUAGGCGAAAACAUACAGGAGGCAAAAUCCUGGGAUUCUUUUUCUAAAAUACGUCAAGCCAUCUGUUAAUAAAAAAAAAAAAUCCAGUGGA